AACCUCAUGACAAGACUAACUCUAGCCAUUGGAAUGAUAUAUGACAUUACAGUUAAUAUUGAUGUUACUGAUGGCUUGACAAAUGGUUCAUCAUGUACUGUAUUUCUUGUUGAAAAUAGAUUACCUGGUGUAUCAAGGCCAAGUAUAGUGUGGGUGAAGUUUUUAGAUUCUGCAGUAGGGAGAAUUGCUCGACAGAAAUAUAGACAUCUUUUCCAUGAUGAUGUUAUGGAUGAUUGGACACCAAUAUUUGACUGUCAGCGAUCUUUUGUUUUCAAUUCAACUACGUAUCAAAGAAUACAGUUUCCUUUAAGACCAGCUGCUGGUAAGACAAUACAUAAGGCUCAGGGCUGCACUGUUGAUGAAAUUGUAGUAGAUUUGUCUCAGACAAGGACGAGGAAAACACCACACAUUCAUUAUGUAGCUCUUAGUAGAGUUAGAUCUGUUGACAAAUUGCAUAUUCUGAAUUUCAAUGAGCAAGCAUUAACUAUUGAUGAAAAAGUUGUAGAAGAAAUGGAAAGAAUGAGGAAGGAUGCACCUCUAAAACUGUGCUAUCUUCCAUUGUACAAAACAGAGCAGAACAAACUGAAAAUUAUGUUUAAUAAUGCAAGAUCUCUUCACAAACAUUUCGAUGAAAUUAGAAAUGAACCCAAUGUUGUAGCAUCAGAUAUUAUUGGUUUUUCAGAAACAAGAUUAACCAUCAAUGACGAACAGAAUUUUAUGAUGGAAGGCUACUUGACUUUGUUUAAUCACGAAAAGAGAAGUGACAGCAAUCGUCCUCAUCACGGAACAGCAUUAUACGUUAAACAAAACCAUUUGAUGACAUGUAUCUCAAAAUUCAGCAACACUUUGCUUGAAUUCAUCAUAGCUUUAAUAAAUUUCAGAGACCUUGGAGAAGUGCAGAUAGUUGUUUUAUACAAGUUCCCAGCAUGUUCUUUUAAAGAAUUUGAAUGUGAAGUUAUGUUGCACUUAAAACCUUUUGUAGACACAGAGAAAAAAUUGAUAAUUCUUGGAGAUUUCAAUUUUGAUUUGUUUACAGGUCACAAAGAAUUUCUGAAUUUUAUGAAGUUGAAUUUGAAAUGCACACAAUUGGUAAAAAAGGCAACUCAUGAUUCAGGUUCACAACUUGAUUUGAUUUUCACAAACUUCCCCCAUUGUGAAACUGACGUGAUUGAGGCAUAUUGGUCAGACCAUAAAAUGGUUUACUGUACAUAUUCUUUAUAGAUAUGAUAUAAGGGACGCAUGAGUAUUAAUUAUUUGGGGGAGAUACGUCAUCUUGUCCCCUCUCCCACCUACCAAUGUGCCAGUGUCACUUAGUGACAUUUGGUACAUUGAUUACUGUAUACAGGGUUAUAUUCGCCCUGGCUGUGUUAUUUUCACCCUUUUACACAAUUUUGCAACGUUUUAAAUUUUCCCCAGUCACAGUUUUAUUGAAGAAAUCAUACAGUGUUCUUUUAAUUUACCCCCUUUUAAAUUUGUCUACCUCUAAGAUGGAUGACAGGGGAAAAAAUAAAAUGGGGCGAAUAUUUCCCUGUAUACAGUAUUUUAUAGGCACCAAUUACUUGAUGUAAAAUUUUGUUAGUUUUUAGGCAUAUGUAUACUUUAAACUAGUACGAUUUUUUAUGUGGAUUAAUUUUCAACAGACAAUUAAUAAAUGUAUACAAAAUAAUUGAAUGUUGCAUGCUAAGGAAAAUUCAUGUACCAUCAAUGGCAAUCAUUCAUGUAAAAAAAAUGAUGAUCAUUUCAUUAUGUGUUAAUAUUUAUAAUUUAUGUAUAUACUGUAUUGAUGUUUGUGAGUUAGUUUUACCCUUACUGUUUAGAUUCUUUUCUUUAAUGAUACAUGAAUAUCAUGAACUUGGUAUUUUGAAUAUACAUGAAAUAUUUUGAGAUUACAUGAAUUGUUUACAAAGUUUAAUUUAAAGAAAUUAUUGAGUUCUGCUAAAUAAUGAUUAGAAUAAUGUACUAGAAAUUUACACUUGCAUCAAGUAAUUGGUAUCUUUGAUAUAUGUUCAACACUGUAUUCUAUAGUUUUAUGAUGUAAAUUCACUGAAUAUUAUCUGUUCAUGAAAAAAAUUGCUAUAUAUAUCAUUUACAUCAUUUUGUUUUGAAAAAAAUGUUCAUUGUAUACAUGAAAUUUUGUGUUGAAA